AAAGCCUUUCACGUUGUUUUAUUUAACUGAUUUCUCUGAGUAGGGCUUCCUUUGUUGGUAGGAAAAUGUCUGUAUCGAGCUUAUUGAGUCUUUGCUGAAGACGAAGGCCCGGGUUUUAAGUGACUCAAUUGUUGCUCAAUUCAUUGAGGUUAUCGCCGACACCUGAAUGGAACCUCCUUUAGUAUCUACAGAUCACCACUCAUGUUAAGUGAGUUGUCCCCCUUGUUUGAUUUCGGAACAGUCGUUUAUAAGCAUCUGGUGGUCACUCAGUCAAGCUAAUAUACAUACCUGCAAACUUGUCACCUUUCGGUGAAAUUCGCCGUUUUGAAAUCAAAAUAGGUCAUCCACGUGAAUAGUGUAGAUCCGAAGAGUUUUUGUUUUGGUUAAGGGGGGUAAAGUGGACGGUCGGCGUUUAUGAGAUUGGAGUGAGACACGGAGAACAUGUGAUGUGGUGCUCUUCGCAAUAAAACAUCUUAGAUGGAACACGUCGAAGGAACAGGCUCCUCGAACCGAAUCCUGGAACAGAAUUAUGGAACAGGCACACAAGUAAAAAAAAAAGGAAGUUGGUUCAUGAAUGACUAACCAUAUUAUAUAUAAUGAUAAUGUAAAGUUUUUAUUGCUAUUAGGGCCCGAUCACUGAAUUAUUCAGAGGACCUUUUUUCUUAAAAUGUUUGUUAUUUAGAUUUGCGGUCAAAACAAUCAAAAGACUAGUUAUAAAAGCUUUGAGGUGUCAUCAAACAACGUGGAUGUGGUGUGGAGACAACAAAAAAGUCACCUGCACCUCCCGUUGUCACCUUUUUCACCCCUCAUGAGUUUGCAGGUAUGAAUAUAAGACUUGAUGGUGUCCUCUUUCAGAGGGAUGCUUGUAGUUGAACCUCAUCAACCUGUCACAACAAACUCUUCAGCCAAACAUCGCUCAAACCCACAGAGCUCUUUAUUGAACUCAAUAAGAGAUUCUGAAAUUUUGCAUAUGAACUUGUGGCAAGCGAAAACUAAUAAUAUAUAAUCCAUCAGUAGAGAUCCCACCGUGCAGUAGGUGGCAGUAUCCACCAGGUUAUGAAGCUUAAAUGGACAUGGCCCUGUUCUGGAGAUGUGUAGAAAACUGGAUUGAGAUUUCGGUUAUGGCAAUCAAUGAUCAAAAUAUGUGAUUAAUUGAAUCGUUAACUAUAUUUUGUAAUACAUUGCCAAUAACCAUAUAACAACAAAUUAUUUACUGGUGCUCUUAUGGAGGAUAUUUGUUUACCUGUAUAUAACUUCCAUCACUAUUGAGAUCAAUUCAUACGCACAAACAACCAUCCAGUGUAUACUCAUUCAGUGUUUAUUAGUUUCCCUAUCUGUUUAGUUUACAAUACACAGACAACUAUAUAACAAUAUUACUUAUUUUAUUGUUGGUUAUUGGUGCUUUUUAUAUAUAUUUAUGUAAAUACCUAUAUGUUUCACUACUUGUGUACAUAGUCCUUUAUUUGUUGCUUGUUGUCCUAAGCUGUAAGUAGAUAUAGAGAUUUAAAAAAUGUGAUUCUGAGCAUAACCACAGAUCUGGUGACUUUUAUUUAUUCCAAGUAGUACUUGUAGGCAGGUAAAAUCCGCUUCUGAAAUCAAAUGACAACAUGACAUGUUUUAUAAUGUCAGGUAUCUACACAUUUCUGUUUCGCUGACCGCAAUAUAAAAACAUGUCUUGUUUGAAUGUGAAUGAGUCGUAGAAGUUAUAGAGGUUCAUCAUUAAGGUAACAUUUUGGUGACAUUUUUCCAUUCUUCAAGUAAAUUAUGUUUUUUUUAUUCAGUAUUUUCCACCGAAUACAAUUUUGAUCCAUUUAUCAGUCAUACCUGUGUGUGUGUGUGUGUGUGUGUGUGUGUGUGUGUGUGUGUGUGUGUGAGAGAGAAAAAACUGCCUGUCAUAGUGUGUGUGUGUGUGUGUGUGGACCACUUGAUGUUUGCUGUUUAAUCAGUGGAGGCUGAAUGGCUGGCUGGUUAUGUGACAAAUAGGUUAUCUCAUCGCACCUCAGUACUUUACCCAAUAUUUACACAAAUUAGGACCAGUUUACAGAGAUAGGGAGCAGCUGACAGGAUGAAGUGUGUGUGCGUGACGUUCAGGACGUAGAAAGCCAUCAGUCAAAGGAUUAUAUUUAAUUUAUGUGGAAGCAUUACUUGAAUUUUCUUGGAGUAAGACAAUCUCUUCCAUAUAUGUGAAGGAAGCGACGUCUCUUUAAAAAAAGGGGGGGAAUACUCAGUGAAUGUAAAAUGAUGUUCAGAUAAACCUGCAGAGGUUGCCUUCCUUCACCCUCUCACAACCCUGCAGGUCAGGGACCUCAGACACAGGUCUUAUCAGGACAGAGUAAUAAGUAUCCAACAAGCUGAGGAGAACCAGGAAAAAACAGAUGGAAAAAUAAAAAGCAAUCAAUCAAUGAGCGUGUUGGCAGCCAAAGCCCUUGGUAUUGAUCCGGAUUUCAGUUGUAUAGUAUUUAGAUAAGGCGAAUUGUGCCUCUACGGGUUUUCUAUAUUCCCACAGCUUUUAGCGAAGGUUGAUACCAUCAAUUAAAGCAAAUAAUGGAUUGAAAAUUAAUCAUGCAUUCUAUUGUUUCAAUUUGUAGGAAUCUAUGGAGUUUCUUAUUAUACACGAUAUCCCCCCCUUGUCUAUACAUCUACAGUACGUCCUUUGUGUGUGUGUGUGUGUGUGUGUGUUCUCACAGAUACACCAGAGUGUCAAGUGUGGCACUGACUCAUGGAAGUUACUGAUUGAAGAGAGAAAGAGUAAACAGAGAAGGAGAGAGAGAGAGAGAGGGAGGAGGGCAGAAAGACGAGGAUGGUGGAUAAAAGCCGUGGAGCACUAUGAACUCCUUAAUCACACAUGUUUGACACACACAGAUUGAGUCUGUCAGCUCAGCCAGCAGCCGUAUCGACCCAGAGUGUUACAUAUUAACCACACUCACUCACUCACUCACACACACACACACACACACACACACACACACACACACACACACACACAAAGAGUAGAUAAUUGGAUAUGGACACCACUGAUGCAAGAGGACUUGAGUGUGGAAAUGUUGCAUUACAUGAAAUGUCACCGUUUUCAGCCUUUCUGCCUCACCUGAUCACCCUUACUUUAAAGGGCAGGUUCAAUUGUAUUCAUUUGAAAUGAAAGAUCAAUGGGAUUUUGUUUGUGUUGCUCAAAGCAUUUAAACAUUUCAACAACAAUGUGACUUUCCAGAAACAGUGCACGGUCACUUCAAAUAAUCCACGAAUGCAAUGUCUAUGUUGAGCUAAUUAAAAGAAUAUAAAAAAAAAGGUUUAACAUUUAUCAGAAUCUUUCAUAAACUCAUCACGGAAAAUAUACGCAAGCUUCUUUUUAAAAUGGUUUCAUAUGGUUGAUUUUCCUUUAGAAGAGAUAUGUAGUGGAGUAAAAUGCACAAUACUUUAUUCUGUACAUAGUAUAUAAGGAAAUACUGAAUACCUAAAAAAUAUGUCACGUAUCAGUACUUUCUAAUAUAAAAUGUGUUUUCUUUCUGUAUGUCCUCACCAGACCUCAUACUCUCCUCUCAAAAAAAGAGUAUGUCCUCAUGGUGUGUGUGUGUGUGUGUUUGGGAAAGGCCUGGAGCUUUGACAAAGGCACAAGGAAAUCCCACAGCAGGCCAAACAGAGUGCAUGUUGUAUCUCUGUGUGUGAUAGGUGGGGUGAUAGAGUCUGUGUGGUUAUCAGAGACGAGGGGAGGCAUGGUCAUAUAUGUGGAUAUUGGGCCAGCUGUAUUGAUCCUGGCCCUGACGGCAGAGGUGGAGGUGCUGGGAGGGACCGGAUGGGAAGAGCAGGAGGCUGAUAAUGGUGUCAACUGACCCAGGCAUGCUUACCUGAAGCGUGGGAGGGCACCGAGGUAACGCCCAACAGGCUCUCAAUAGGCCUUAUUCACAAAAGUCAGUCAAAGGUUUCACAUGAGAGCAUGGCAUGGGCUCAGAGGGGUAUCUCUAAUGUUUGGACAAGCAGAUAGUGUCAUUGGAUUGUCAGUCUCUUUUUUUCUAGAGCCUUAAAAAUGGUGUUUCUUAUUUCACUUGAAGCAGCUCCUUUUUAAUUUUUGGAGAAAAAAAAUAGCCCUUGCAAAUAGAAAGUUGAAUUCACAAACAAACAAAAGCACCAUUGUUCAGUUCAAUAAACUGCUUUAGGCUUACAUGGUCUGUUAUGACCCGUUGGCUAGCUUAUGGUGGCUAAUCUUGGCUAAUGUUAGCGGACUUUAAGUAGAUAGAGCUAACUUUGUUUUGUUGACUUAUUGACUUUUCUCAAGUUGUGUUACUGGUUACACAAUGUUUGAGCAUGUAACCAGUAAACAGUUACAUAGUCUCGCAUCAAGCCGUUUGCUUUAAUCAAAUGGUUUAGUUUUAGCAUAAAUGAUCAUCAGAACCUGAGUCAGUUACUGAGUCACUUAUGCUACACAAAGUGUUAGCACGUAGCCUAUAGACACUGUGACAUUUCCUGAAUACAAACUACUGUGCAGCAUUUAGCUAAAAUAGUACAAUUGGAGGGUCAUAAAGUGAGCAAAGUGUGCCUAAAGUUAACACUAUUAAACAUUAGCUACUGAUCAUACUAGAUCAAGUAAGGCUGUGGCAGCACGCCUCCUCACGUAUUGAAUUUAGCAAUGGUGGGUCUCAUUGCUUGAGAUUUACAUUUUCCAUUUCCAAAAGAAGGAAUGUGCCAUUUCUUCUCUGAAAUAUAGUGCCGAUCUCACAGCGGAGAAAGGUUGAUAUAGUUUCCGAUUUGAGGGUCACCAAGGUUCUCACUGAAGUCUAUUUUCUGACAACAAUAAAUCACACCUAUCAGAAAACAAUACUGGAGCAUUGAUAAGAUUAAGAUUAGAGCAGUAAAGUCUGUGUGUGUGUGGUUAAAGGAGACAGACAGUCGCCUCUCUCCCUGCUUGCGCACCGUGUACACACACAGCAGAUCAGCAGAUAUCCUACUGUCUGGAGCCUGGGUGACAUUUUUAAAGCCUGAAUCAAUCAAUGUGGAGGAAAGAUCAUGGAAGUUUAUAAUGUCUUAAUAUCAGUGGGAUCACGAUUAAACUCAGGGGACUAAAUCAUUUUCUAGCAGCUCACAUGUUGCAUCACCUGUGCUAGAUUCCUGACGGUAACUGCUAAAGGUGUGUGUAAAGGUUUCUUUUAUUUUUAUAUCCAUUUAUUGCAGUAAAGAUAAUUAAAUCUCAAAUACAUUGCAUAUUCUUUCAGUUUCAGUAAAGUAGGACACCCUCUCCCCUGCUCUAAUUGGUACAGUCCAAUAAGACAAAUUAAGCACAGAUGGGGGAGAGGUUGCAAAGUAAAAAAAACUUUGGAUGCACUGUUUUUGAUUGCAAAGCUAUAUUCAGUAAGUCGUGGAAGCUAGAGGCUCAUCUUUGCAAACACACAGGAUUGGUAAGUGAUCCACUAGUUAAAUGAACACGUGACACAAGAAAGACCGAGCGGACACAGUUGAUGUGUUCGAUUUUCCAGUUGAAGUUGGUGUGAUUUUUGUUUUAAAUGUUUCCCUUUACUUCAGAAACCGUUCUCCUGUGAGAACUGCGACAAGAGCUUUUGCACUCCGCAUCAACUCACCAGACAUUCGCUCCAUCACAGUGGGGAAAAACCACACCUGUGUCCGGCCGACGAAUGCUCUGAGGAUUUUGUCACAAAAGCCAGCAUGAAGAACCACAUGGCUCGAGUACACCAGCACCGGGAGAAGCAAUAUGAAUGUGACCAUCAGGGCUGUUCACGUAAUUUCAACAAGAGGAACCAACUGAAAGCUCAUAAGUGUGAGCACCAAGAGCCUCUGCAAUUUCAUUGCACCGUCGAUGGCUGCACAAGAGAAUUUCCCUCUCAUGGAAAACUAAAGCAUCAUGAGAAAAUGCAUCAAGGCUACCCUUGCGAGAAGGAGGCCUGUCCUUUCCUGGGGAAAACUUGGACAGAUUAUCUGAAGCACAGGAAAGAACAUAAAGUCAAGGUGCCGUGUGGAGAGUGCACGAAGCUGUUCAACAAUGCGUGGUUCUUGCAUCAGCAUAAGCAGCGUGUCCACUCCGGGGAUUGGAGGAAGCUGUUGUGCCCAAACCAAGGUUGUGGUAAAAAAUUCACUCGUCGCUUCAACUUGGAGAACCAUGUCCUGGGGGACCAUGAGGGCAAGAAGCCCUUUAGUUGUGCAUAUGCUGGCUGUGGGAAAAGCUUCGCCAUGAAGGAGAGCCUGUGGCGACAUGGUGUGGUGCAUGACCCAGCAAAGAAAAAGCUGAAGAAACUGCGUCUUAAAAAGAAUCUGCCCUGGCGCGUGGCGGUGCAGAGCCGACAGGCAGCUGCAGCCGAUAGAGAAGAGACCAACACGCUUACUGAAAAGCUAAAAAGCUGCUCAAUACAACUUUAAAGCAUGAUAAAUAGUGAGGCUUUAUUUUAUGAAUAUCUACAUGGUUGUGUUUAUUAAUGGUGAUGCAAAUCCCAUAGUAUUUCAGUUUUAAUAUACUUUGUUUAAUAUAUUUGUUUAAUAUACUUUGUUAAUGAAAAUAAAGCCUCAUUAAUGCA